GUCGAGUGUCACCGUCGUCUGCCCGAGUAUUCGAUGUACGUGCUGCGGCUGCGGGAGACGCUGCUGCCGACGCGCCUCUACAGAAUCAGCUUCGGGGAAUUCUCCGGGAGGCUGCAGGACGGGGAAGGGUGGCUGCAGGAUGGCUUCUAUAGCGGCGCCUACACGGAUGCGACUGGGCGCGAACAGCAGGUGGCGAUGACGCAGUUCCAGCCGACGUCUGCGCGGCGGGCAUUUCCUUGCUUCGACGAGCCGGCGCUGAAGGCCACCUUCAAAGUGACCAUCGUCCAUCCGAGCGAGAUGAGGGCGCUGUCGAACAUGCCGGCCGGCCGCACGCACGUGAUGCACGACCGGCGCUGGACACGCACGGAGUUCGUACGCUCGCCCGUCAUGUCCACCUACCUGCUGGCGAUGGUCGUCGGAAAUUUUGCCUAUCUGGAGACAACGACGCGCAACGGCUUCGUGAUUCGCACGUGGGCACGACCGGAACUCGUCAACGACACCGAACACUCGCUCAGCGUCGCAAAAACCUCCAGCGAGUUCCUGACGGAUUACUUUCAAAUGACUACGGUAAUACCGAAGGAAGAUCACGUGUGUGUUCCUAAUUUCGUCUCGGCGAUGGAGAACUGGGGCCUCAUACUCUAUCAGGACGUCUACUUCAUCUGGAACGAGUCAACGUCGACGAUCCACGACAAGUACUUAGUGACGAAAGUAAUCUCACACGAGGUUGCUCACACGUGGUUCGGAAAUAUGGUAACGAUGAGUUGGUGGGACGAAUUAUGGCUGAGUGAGGGCUUCGCCUCCUACCUCUCACUAAUCGUCAUCGAUCACAUGUUCCCGGAGUGGCGGGCUUUUGACCUGUUAGCACUGAAGGACACGCAGACGGCCAUGGAGCUCGACUCGAGCGCCACAUCGUGGCCGGUAUCGAGAACAGUGAGCACGGAGAAGCAGAUUCACGAGUCCUUCAAUCCCAUCUCGUACAACAAAGGUCAAGCUCUGCUGCGCAUGCUCAACCACAUAGUCGGCGACGAGAACUUCAGGAAUGCGAUGCGGGUCUUCGUGAGACGGCAUCAAAUGUCGACAGCCAAUAUAGAUGACUUGUGGCGAGCAUUUGACGAGGUGACCAGCAUGAGUAUAUCUACGAUCAUGAACACGUGGACGCUGCAGAUGGGCUUUCCCCUCGUCACCGUUAAACGCAUCAGUCCGACGAUGUGUCAGCUCGUGCAGGAGCACUUUCUGCUGAAGGGCAUCGAGGGAGAAGCGAAGCCACACAGUGCUUUAGGUAAGUAUGCCUGGUUCAUUCCGUUCGAAUACACGACGGGACCGGAUGGUAUGACGCAAACGGUGUGGAUGAAUAUGUCAUCAGCUGCUAUUGAGCUGAGCGAAGACGAUUGGAUACUUGGCAAUAUUGGUUACAACGGGUACUACCGGGUUAACUACGAACCAGACGACUGGGAUAAACUCAUCAAGCUGCUUAACUCUGAUCAUACGAUGUUUGACGCUGACAACAGAGCCGGUCAAUGCAGACGGAUUCGCUCUUGCAAGGAACGUAUUGCCAAUAACCAGCGAACGUGCGUGCAUGAAUCUAACCCGCUGGUAGAGGCUUUUCCCCCGUUUUGUACGGUCGCGUUGUUCUACUAUAGGAAUAGACUACCGGCUGACCUGAAGGAGGUCGUGUACGUAGUCGGCGUGCGGGAUGGCUCCGUGGCAGACUGGGAGUUCUUACUGAGCCGUGCGAAGGCAGAUCACAUAGCGACCGAACGCAACCUGAUGUACAAGGGUCUCGCCUACUCCUCGGAGCCCUGGAUCAUUUGGAGAUUCUUGCGGAUGACGCUGAAUAGCGAGGAGUUGCCAGCGUCCGACGCUCACGUUAUCUUCUCUAGCAUGGGGCAGACGGCGAAUGGCCGGGGUAUCCUGCUACAGUUCCUCGUGGAGUACUGGGACGAGCUAAACGACAAGUUCGGCAGUGACAUGCUGGCCGUUGGAACUCUCAUCGAGUCUGCGACAAAGUUCGUCCACAGCCAAUUUAAAUUGAAAGCGUUGGAGAAGCUCUACCGUGACCGUCCCCCAGCUGCUGCUGCCUCCUCCGCAGCGAUCACCUCCUUAGUUCGCAUCCGCCAAAACUCGGAGUGGGCGGAUCUGCACCUGAGCAAUGUCGAGGCGUGGCUGCAGGCCCACAUCCACGUCUGACCGCCGACGCGAAUCAACGCCUGGAUCGCUACCAUCGAAUGUGGCGCCCUCGUGCGGUCAAUUGGCGACGUGUUGAUUUUGACUGUUGCGUUUGAGUGUGUGGAGUUUUUCUGUAUGCGUGUAGUCGCCCGUGCGGAGCGGCUGACUUGACGAGCCGUGGGGGUUUCAGCAGAUGCAUGCUAACAACUACAAUACUGCGUGUUACCGAGGAUAGAAGCGAGGGUGGAAGCUGCAAUAGUGCGCGUGCGUGCGUGCGUGCGUGCGUGCGUGUGUGAGUGUGUGUGAGCGCGCGCGCGUGUGCCCGUGUCUGUGCGAGCGUUGUAUAAUGAUAGUGCCGCUACGACGUUCUAUUUUUGCUACAAUGUAUUCCUGUUUGCGUUCGGUCCAGCGACCGGCGAUUUAUUUUCUUCUGUUUUCGCUGCGAAUCGAGAUAUCGACGGACACUCACGCAGCAUAGUAUCACAGCGCCGUCUGGCGUGACGCAACGCGUUUAAAUCGAAGGCGAUUGUGAGAUCCAUUGCUCCACGAAUUUGUGUAAUAUCCACUCCGUGUCAUCUCUUCGUAAAACGCGUCGCGCUGGAACGGUUGUUCGUGUUGUCGAGUGAUUGCUACAUGUAUUGGUAUGUAAUGGUAACAGCGCUGGCAGCAUCGGCAGUAACGCUACCCUUACAUGGCCAUUGUUACGGAUGUGUAUUCGUAAGGAUGUCGUGUUACUCUCUGCAAUACUCCAGGCUUGUUCAACAGUGCGAACGCUCGCGAACGCUCGCGUACGCUCGCCUUCUGAACGACACUGCGCGGGCGAGUGCUCCCGAGACUGUUCGCGCAGCGCGCGAGUUGUUUUCAAGAUGGCGACGGGCAAUCUGGCGAAUGCGAAUCUAA